AAAAGUAGUGACGGAAGUAACUAUAACUUAAGUUAUUUUAUCCGUGAAAAAAAAACAUGUAGUAUUUAAGUGUAUAAAACCAAAAACUGAUGAUAUUUAUGGAGCAAAUAUCCCUUUAGUAUAUAAUCCUAGUGAGUCGACUGGUCCAAGUAGCCAUAUCAUUUCCGCCACCAGAACAACUCAACUCACGCACCAAAUGCCGACAAUCGCCAUAACUUUCCUCUCCAUACUCUUGGCUGUCGGAGUGUACAGUCUCAUCAAGAAGCUGCGAAGCAGAGGAUCCUCACUCCCCCUACCUCCAGGCCCUCGACCAUGGCCCAUCAUCGGAAACCUCCCUCACUUGGGCCCCGCACCGCACCAUGCCACAGCGGCUCUGGCUCGGAAAUACGGCCCAUUAAUGUACCUCCGAUUGGGCUUCGUGGAUGUGGUGGUGGCGGCCUCGGCCUCGGUAGCGGCUCAGUUCCUGAAGGUCCACGACGCCAAUUUCUCGAGCCGGCCACCAAACUCAGGGGCGAAGUACAUCGCUUAUAAUUACCAGGACCUCGUUUUCCGUCCUUACGGUCCACGUUGGAGGAUGCUCCGCAAAAUCAGUUCUGUACAUAUGUUCUCCGGCAAGGCCAUGGACGAUUAUAGCUAUGUUCGCCAGGAGGAGGCAAAAAUGUUAGUAAGAGCACUAGUAAAUUCUAAAACGAGGGAAGUAAAUUUAGAACAAUUGCUAAAUUUGUGCAUAGUGAACGCUCUAGGGCGGGUUAUGCUAGGGUAUCGAGUGUUUGGAGAUGGAACUGGGGCGAGUGAUGCAACGGCAGAUGAAUUUAAGGCCAUGGUGGUAGAAGUGAUGGACCUUGCAGGAAUAUUUAACAUAGGAGAAUUUGUGCCAGGAUUGGAGUGGCUUGACUUGCAAGGUGUGGCUGCUAAGAUGAAGAAGCUCCAUAAGAGAUUUGACACUUUCUUGGUGGCCAUUAUUGAAGAACAUAAGAUCAAAAUUGCUCAAAACAAACAACACAAUCAUGACUUGUUAACUACUUUGAUUUCCUUAAAUGAAAAUGGUGAAGAUGAAAGCGAAAAGUUUACGGAUACCGAAAUCAAAGCACUUCUUUUGAACAUGUUCAUGGAGGGUACUGACACAUCAUCAAGCACAGUAGAAUGGGCCAUAGCAGAACUCAUCAAACACCCCAACCUCAUGGCCCAAGUCCAAGAAGAGCUCGAUCACGUUGUGGGUCGAGAUAAGCUUGUAAGUGAUGCGGACCUAACCCAACUGACAUAUCUUCAAGCUGUUAUCAAAGAGACCUUUCGUCUACACCCGUCCACCCCAUUAUCACUUCCACGAAUGGCAAGCCAGGAUUGCCAAAUAAACGGCUAUCACAUCCCCAAGGGAUCAACCCUUCUAGUCAAUGUGUGGGCCAUAGCUCGUGACCCAGACCAAUGGACUGACCCAUUGGAGUUUAGGCCUGAAAGAUUCUUACCUGGUGGUGAAAAGGCCCAUGUAGAUAUUAAAGGAACUGACUUUGAAGUCAUACCAUUUGGUGCUGGACGUAGAAUCUGUGUUGGGAUGACCAUGGGCUUGCGCAUGGUCCAGUUAUUGACUGCGACCCUAGUACACGCCUUUAACAUGAAGUUACCAAAUGAGAUACUCCCUGACAAAUUGAACAUGGAUGAAGCUUAUGGACUCGCUUUACAUAGGGCCACACCAUUGAUAAUUGAACCUCAUCCCAGGCUAGCUGGGCUAGCUCAGCACGUCUAUCACACCUAAUCUUAAAUUAGGUGUUAAAAAUAAACCCCCCUUUUUUUGUUAUUCUUAUUAUUUAUUUAUGGAGCAAAAUAUAUGCGUUUAAAAAACUUUGUUAUUUCACAAUGUAAAUAGCUAAGGUUUUUAUAUCCUUUGACCUGGACAACAAAAAAUUAGGUCAAAGUCAUUAAGAGAUACUAGUCGUAGUUGUGUCUAACACGCUUCAACAUAUUAUUUCGCUAUUGUUAUAAUUAAGAAUAAU